AUGGAUUUUGCUUACACCCAACUCCCUUGGGCCUCUGGACGCCUCGCAAUCCUCGUCAUAUACAACCUCUUUGUCAGCCCGCUACGAAGAUUCCCUGGCCCAAAAUCAGCAGCCGCUACUCCAUUGCCAUACUUGAAGGCAGUUCUUACCGGUCGAACGAGCCAAUACGUCUAUGGAUUGCAUCAAAAGUACGGGGAUAUAGUGCGCAUUGGGCCGAGAGAGCUGUCCUAUACCAAAGCCGAGGCUUGGAAAGACAUAUACGGGCAUCGGUCAGGCCAUGAAUUAUUUCUCAAAGAGCCCGCCUUCUACAUGGACCCGCCCAAUGGAAUUCCGUCUCUAUUCUCGUCCGAUCAUAAAUACCAUCCGCGCUUGCGUCGCCCCAUGGCACACGCCUUCUCCGAAAAAGCCCUGCGAAGUCAGGAGCCUCUUAUGAGAGUCUACAUCGAUCUUCUCAUCCAGGGAUUAAGAGGCAAGGCGGACACGGGCGAAGAUCUUGAUAUAGUUUCAUGGUUCAACUGGACCACAUUUGACAUCAUCGGUGAUCUUUCGUUUGGCGAACCGUUCGAUUGCUUGAAGACAAGAUCAAUCCACCCCUGGGUAAAGAUUAUCUUCGACACUGUCCGCGCUACAGCAGUAAUGGGUGCGAUCAGGAGAGCACCCGGUGCCCAGAGACUCAUUGAAUUCUUUAUUCCAAAGGGUGAAAAGGAACUGCCGAAACGGCACCAGGAAUUGACAGACGACAAGGUGGCUCGACGCCUGAAUUCAACAACUGAUCGACCAGAUUUUAUACAUUACCUUCUCAAGAACAAGGACAAACAAGACGCAUUGACAGAUCCCGAGCUGAGUAGUGCACUCUUCGCGGUCAUUGUUGGUGGCUCGGAAACGACAGCUACUUUACUUUCAGGCUGCAUUUACCUCUUGCUAAGGAAUCCCGACAAGCUGCAGAAGCUAGUUGAUGAAGUGCGUCAAACAUUCAAGUCGGACGAUGAAAUCAACUCGGUGAGCGCCAAUCAGCUAAAGUAUACUCUUGCCGUACUGGAUGAGUCGAUGCGCGUGUACCCUCCUGUUCCGAUUGGCAUGCCCAGAGAAGUGCCGAAGGGGGGAGACACUAUUCUCGGGGAGCAUAUUCCAGGAGGAACUAUUGUGUCGGUUCACCAAUAUGCCAGUCACCACUCGCCCGACCAUUUCCGAGACCCCGAGACCUUCGCUCCGGAGCGGUUCAUGGGAGAUCCUUACUAUGCCGAUGAUGAUCGCAAAGUUUUUCAACCAUUUUCCAUCGGAGCGAGAAAUUGUAUUGGUCGAAACUUGGCGUACGCUGAGAUGCGACCUAUCUUGGCUAGGAUUGUUUACAAUUUUGAUCUCGAACUUUCGGAUGAAGAGUACGACUGGACGGGAGACCAGAGGACCUUUAUUAUCUGGGAGAAGGGCCCCCUUAAGAUCAAGGUUCACAACGCUCAGAAGGUAGUCUAG